AUCCAACUGAAUGGUUUCAUGAGACGUCUCGUAAUGCAACGUGCAAUAUACAAUUGAUAGUGUUGAGUUUUUAAUAUAUGCGUUGAUAUUGUAUCGAAUAUAAGGAUUUUUAAAUCAUAGAAAAAAAAAAUAAAAAGAAAUAACAUCUUUAAAUAUAUAUUUUAGAUGGCACCAAAAAAUAAAGAAAACAAUUCUUGUAACAAAAAAAAAAGACAAGUUUCUGAAGAAGAAGAUGAUGAAGAUUACAGAAGGCGUCGUGAUAGAAACAAUCAGGCUGUAAAACGUUCAAGAGUAAAAAGCAAAUUACGUACACAACAAACUCUGGAACGUGUAAAUCAACUUAAAAGAGAAAAUGAGUUAUUGGAGGAAAAGAUAAAAAUGCUUACAAAAGAGUUAGGCUUCCUUAAGGACCUUUUCCUUGCUCAUGCUGGUUCCAGUCAACAUUCUAUGAAUUUCCAAGACAUAGACCUGAAUGCUCUUCUAGCGGAAGAUACAAAACCUCUAGAAUUACCUAAAACAACUGCUGAGCUUUAAUUCAAACUGAUUUCCACGUGAAAGAAAUAACGUGGAUUUGAUAGAAUUUGAUCGAAAUGUACUUUAGCUCGCAUACUUCAAGUCCCAAGUUGGACAUCUUGGAAGGAUGCCAACUUCGAGUCCAUCCAAAAAAUUGUAAGAGCUGAACAACUUCAUCUAUGUUGACUGUCAAGCAGCAUUAUUAAGAAGAUUAGAUAAAUGAUAUCAGAUAAAUGUUGAUUAAAAUGUAAGAAGAAAUAAGCAUGAUAAAUGGCAUCGUAUGACAACAAGGAGGAACGUAAAGUUGAUGUAUUUAAGAUCGACACGUACAGAUUAAAUUUGGUUACAUAAAACUCGAUUGGUGGAGAAAGUAUUUUCUCAAUGAUUUGUCAGAGAAGAUGGAAGAAUUGCAAUAGUGGUCAUAGUUUAUCAUAUGCUUUAAAAGUUAUGUACGAGGUCUUUCUGGAAAGUAUUCGUCUUAAGAGUAUAUUUUUGUAUUUGUAUUUGUAUUUGUAUUUAUAUUAAUACAAAUUAUACAGAGACUCACAAACGUUUUGCCCUAAAUGGUAAAUACUCGUAAUAGCACACCUAGCUUCAAAGAUAUGCGGAUACUUUUUGGACAGAUCUCUUAUAGAAAAUAUAAUAUUGGACAAAUUUAUAAAAGAGUAUAACGAAAGGAUAGAGCGAAUAACGCAAAAGUAUUUACAUUUAUUUUAUUCGGAUAAAUUCUGACGAUUUUAUACUUUGAAUUUUGUGGAAUCGUUAGGUUCGUAGAAAAAUAAAAUAAAAUAAAAAAUAAAUGAACAUUCCAAUAGUAA